AUGCCAACCUUCCAUAACUCCACUUCCACUACUUUCCUCCUGACGGGGGUCCCUGGACUUGAAUGGGCCCAUGCCUGGAUCUCCAUCCCCUUCUGCUGCCUCUAUUUAACGGCCCUUUCUGGGAAUACCUUGAUCCUAUCUGUAGUCCUCACUGAGCCAAGCCCUCACGAGCCCAUGUACUAUUUCCUCUCCAUGUUGUCCACCACUGACAUUGGCUUGUGCACCUCUACUCUGGUGACAGUGCUGGGAAUCUUCUGGCUCAAUGCCCGGGAGAUCGGCCUCAAUGCUUGUUUAUCGCAGAUGUUCUUCAUUCACCUCUUCACUGUCAUGGAAUCCUCAGUGCUCCUGGCUAUGGCCUUUGAUCGUUUCGUGGCCAUUUCUAAACCCCUGAGAUAUGCCACCAUCCUAACUCACCCAAAAAUAACACAAAUUGGUGCAGCAGUCAUCACCAGGGGAACACUAAUAAUAACACCACCAGUCGUGCUUCUUAAGCGACUGUCCUUCUGCCGCAGCCAUGUGCUCCGCCACUCCUACUGCUUCCACCCUGAUGUGAUGAAGCUCUCAUGCUCAGACACAACGAUCAAUAGUGCAUUUGGACUAACUACAAUCAUCUCCACCGCUGGAGUGGACUCCAUCUUCAUUCUGCUCUCCUACGUCCUGAUCAUCUGCUCAGUUCUCAGCAUUGCGUCCCCGGAGGAGAGGAAAAAGGCCUUCAGCACUUGCAUCUCUCAUAUCACAGCUGUGGCCGUAUUCUACAUCCCUUUGAUCAGCCUGUCCUUUGUCCACAGAUUUGGAAAACAUGCCCCCGCCUUUGUGCCCACCCUCAUUGCUAAUAUGUACCUUCUCCUGCCACCUGUGAUGAAUCCCAUUAUCUACAGCGUGAAAACCAAGCAGAUUCAGAAAGCUGUGCUCAAACUCCUAUGUUCCAAGGGAACUCGGAUUUAA